CGAAAUGGUUAUUUCGACGCAUCAGCUAAUAUAUGAGGCACAUGAAGGAUCUGUAGCAGCACUCAUAGACUGUAACGUGCAUCCUGUACCAACCAGUAUUGAAUGGAAAAGAGACAAAAUAACACCACCAAAGACAAGAGUUGUUAUGGACAAUCAUAAAUACUUUUAUAGUGUAGAAGCGCCUACACUUGUGAUAAGAAACCCAAACAAACCAGUGGAUGAAGGUUACUACCAAUGCACGGCAGAAGCCAAUGGAAAAUCAGUGGAUGGAGAUGUUGUACAACUUAAAGUGUCCAUGCAUGCUUCUGUCGACCAAGGUAGCCAGCAGAUGUCAUUUCAAAUACCACAAGACAUUGAUUUAAAGAGACGAAAGUCAAAAAAAGAUGUUUCUGAUACAUUUGAAAGAGUUACUCGGGCCAAAAAACGAGCGAAGACAGGAGAAUUUGGAAAAGCCAUGCAUGCUUCUGUCGACCAAGGUAGCCAGCAGAUGUCAUUUCAAAUACCACAAGACAUUGAUUUAAAGAGACGAAAGUCAAAAGAAGAUGUUUCUGAUGAAUUUGAAAGAGUUACUCGGGCCAAAAAACGAGCGAAGACAGGAGAAUUUGGAAAAGGCUCCUAA